UUUUGCUAAUGUCUGUUACCAGAAGUAACGCUGCCUUCUUAACAAUGAAGUUGAAUUUUAACAACGAAGUUGAAUUUCAGACAGCGUAUUUAACUUAACAUUUAAAAUUUAAUAAAAUUUUCAACUUCAAUUUAAUAAUUAAUUCAAAUUCUCAGAUACAAGCAGCCGAAAUGAGUUUUUCCAGAGGGUGUCCGGGCUCUCCCUUAGUGAUGGUGUGCCAAUGACCAUGUUUUCAUUUGAGCCGCACUCCAGUCAAUAGGUGGCAGUAUUGUACAUGGACGCUUGUUCCAACCAGUGUACAUUUGAAACAAGACGAGGAAGAAGAGUGUUUAGUUUGCGCACUUUGCAGCGCUUUUUCGAAGGAGGACUUUUCAGAACAGAAAAUGAGUGUGACCAAUUUAUUUGCUCGAUCUUAUUUUUUCCACAGAGUUGGGACCAGAUCCAUGUUUACAAGCUCCAAAUAUGACACUAAUUCCCCCAACUGGUUACGAGUGGGUCUUGCCUUUGGAUCAUCUAUUUUCCUGUGGAGUCUGUUCCUCAAGCAGCACAGCACAGAUCUUCUUGAAUACAAACUAAGGAACCAGAUAAUAACCAAGCUUGAUGAUUCUCUCAGUGGACAUGCACCUGAGAUAAAAAUUUCAGACCCCUCCAUGAUUUCUAAGUGGGAGAACUUGCAAUAGAGCGGGUUGUUCAAAUACGGAUUUUCUUCACAGUAAGUGCCCAUAUAUAUAUCAACGAGGAAUGGUGCACAGACGUUAUAGAGCUCAGCACACACUGCAACAAUUUUCCUGAGCGAGAACCCAACUAUAAAAAAACAAGACUGAACUAAUCAUUUCUGAAGUUUCCAUCCCACUGCUCCUCCUCUGUGAAUUCUGUCACAUAGAGUAAAAGAUCAAGGACACUAGACUGCCCUUUUACUACAUAGUCCUGAGUCCCAUGAUGUGUGUAUGCGAGUUGGCCUAGUAGUCUGGGCUUCAUGUUCUGUCGGUCGGGUCUUCAGUAAAUACGGUUAGAAACAUAAUGUCGUCCACCUUGCAUAUGUAUGAGUAAGCUUUUUAUCCCUGAGCUCAUACAAGGAGCAGAGGGUUGUGUUAGGAAGGGCAUCUGGCAUAAAACUGCUAAACAAAUAUGAGCCCUCAUCUAAAGAAUAGCAUACCAGAUCGGUCAUGGCCCGGGUUAACAACGCCCACCCCGAGCACCGUUAACCUGCAGGGCGUCGAUGGAAAUUUAUCAACUGUGGGUUGAAGCAAAAGAGGAAGAGGAGGAAAGUGGAUUCCCAGAAGAAGACUGCACAGAGCCUGUGUGUGGGGACUUUGAAUGUUGGGACCAUGGUAGGAAAAGCUCAAGAGUUGGUUGACAUGAUUGUGAGGAGAAAUGUUAAUAUAUUAUACAUCCAAGAGAGCAGGUGGAAAAGUAGUAAGGCUAGAUGUUUAGGAGCAAGGUUUAAAUUAUUUUACCAUGGGAAGAGAAAUGCAGUGGGAGUUAUUUUAAAGAAAGCUGACUACGAAUGUCUUGGAGGUGAAAAGAGUAUCAGAUCAAAUGAUGAGGCUGAAAUUUAAAAUUGCAGAUGUAAUGCAUCAUGUGAUAAGCAGCUAUACCCUGCAGGUAGGAUGUGACCUAGAGUUAAAAGAAAAAUUCUGGAAGGAACUCGAUGAAAUGGUUCUGAGCAUCCCAGACAGAAAGAGAGUUGUGAUUGGUGCAGGUUGCAAUGAACAUGUCGGUGAAGUAAACAGGGGUAACGAAGAAGUGGUUGGUGAGUACGGUAUCCAGGAAAACAACUUUGAGGGAAAGAUGGUGGUGGACUUUUCAAAAGUCUGGAAAUGGCAGUAGUGAACAUUUUUUUCCAGAAGAGGCAGGAACAUAGAAUGGCCUACAAGAGCAGAGGUAAAAGCACGCAGGUGGAUUAUAUUUUGUGCAGACGAUGUAAUCUGAAGGAGGUGACUGAUUGUAAGGUAGAGGUAGGGGAGAGUGUAGCCCGACAGCAUAGGAUGGUUGUGUGGAGGAUGACUGGUGGUGGUAAACAAGAUUAAGAACACAAAGGUAAAGCAGAGAUCCAUGUGGCGGAAGCUGAGAAAGGAAGAAUGUUGUGCGGCCUUUCAGAAUGACACUGCCUCCAGCAGCCCCAAGUUAAAUUGAGUUUGAGACCCCUGCUCUUGAUGGACAGGAGGAGCUCCUGGAAGACUGGAGUACUGCAGCCAAGGUGACCAGAGAGAUAGGGAGGAGAGUAGUUGGUGUGUCUUCUAGUAGGAAAGGGAAGGACACUUGGUGGUGAAACCCCAACAUACAGGAAGUCAUACAAGGAAAGAGAUUAGCGGAGAAAUUCUCCAAGAGGACUGAGGAGCGGCGAAAGGAAUACAUUGAGAUGAGACGUAGGGAAAAGCUGUAGAGGUGACGAAGUCUAAACAAGAGGCAUAUAAUGACAUGUACACCAGGUUGGACACAAAAGAACGAGAAAAUGAUCUCGACAGGUAGGCCAGACAGAGUGAUAGAGAUGGCAAUGAUGUGCAGCAGCUCAGGGUGACGAAGGAUAGAGAUGGAAAUGUGUUGACUGGUGCCAGUAGUGUGCCAAAUAGAUGGAAAGCAUACUUUGAGAAGUUGGUGAUUGAAGAAAAUUAGAGAAAAGGAAGAGUGAAGAGGCAAGCGUGAUAGACCAGGAAGUGGCAAUUAUUUGUUAGGGUGAAGUUAGAAAGGCAAUAAAGAAUAGAAGAAAAGAAUAAUGAAACGGCAGCUGGUUCUGAUGACAUAGUGGUGGAGGUAUGGAAGCAAUUUGGAGAAGUGGCUGUGGAGUUUUUGACCAACUUAAUCAACAGCUUACUAGUGGGUGAGAGGAUGGAUGAAGAAUGGAGGAAAGGUGUGCUGGUUCCCAUUUUUAAAAACAAAGGCAAUUUGCAGAGCUGUGGGAAAUAUAGAGGAAUAAAGUUGAUGAGCCACACAAUGAAGUUAUGGGAAAGAGUAGUGGAAGCUACACUCAGGACAGAAGUGUCUGCGAGCAAUAGUGUCGUUUCAUGCCCAGAAAGAUGCAUUAUUUCCCUUGAGAAUCCUUGUGCAAAACCACAGAGAACGUCAGAAGCUGCUACAUUGUGUCUUUGUGGAUGUAGAGAAAGCAUAUGGCAGCGUAUCAAAAGAGGAACUGUGGUACUGCAUGCUUAAGGCUGGUGCAACGGAGAAAUAUGUUAGAAUUGUACAGGACAUGUACAAGGGCAGCAGGAGGUGAGUGCCGUAGGUGUGGCAGAAGAAUUUGAGGUGGAACUGCAUCAGGAAUCAGCUCUGACCUCCUUCCAGUUUGCUGUUGUCAUGAAUAGGUUGGCAUAUUUGGUUAGACUGAAAUCCCCUUUGACCAUGAUGUUCGCAGAGGAUAUUGUGAUCUGCAGUGAAAGCAAGGAGGAGGUGGAGCAACAAUUAGAAAGAUGGAGGCAUGCACUGUAAAGGUGAGGAAUGAAGAUUAGCCAAAGUAAAACAGAAUAUAUGUGUGUGAAUGAAAGGGGAAGAGUGAGACUCAUGGGAGAAAACAUAGCGAGGGUGGACAGCUUCAAAUACUUGGGUUUAACAAUCCAGGGAAAUGAUGAGUUUGCUCAGGAAGUGAAGAAACGGGUCCAAGUACAUUAGAAAAGCUGGCGUAAGGUCUCUGGUGUGUUAUGUGACACAAGAGUCUGCUAGGAUGCAGGGCAACAUUUAUAAAACAGUGGUGAGGCUGGCCAUGAUGUCCGGAUUAGAGACGGUGGCACUGAAGAGACAGGAAGAAGAAUUGGAGGUUGCAGAAAUGAAGAUGUUGAGAUUCUCUCUGAGUGAACAGGUGAGAUGAGAUUAGAAAUGUUGCUCAUUAGAGGGACAGCUAUAGUCAUAUGUUUUGGAGACAAGGAUCGAGAGAGGAGACUUCAAUGGUUUGGACAUGUCCAGAGGCGAGAGGGUGAGUACCGUAAUUCCUGGCCUACAGAGUGCACCUGGUUAUAAGCGUCGGUACACAGAGUUUAAUGCUAUCACCUCAUAAACUGCAGGUCUGAAAGCUCAAUGUGUGGGUGUAUCUGUAUCUUAUUUUGAAGACUUGUUUACCCAUUCGUGGGCAGUGUCCCAUUUUUGGGACAUCAUGAUUUUUAUGCAUUAUAUCCUUCAUUCAGUAUAUCAAAGUAUUUAAGUGUUUUAAUCUGAUUCUGGUUUUUGGGACGAUCUACUAAGAAAACCCAAGUACCCUCUCGGGGGCAGCAUCCCAUUUUUGGGACGAGAUUAUAAUUUAGUAAAGUUAUAUAACUUAACCAUUAAUGAAAGGUAAGUGUAAUUUCCUUGAUUGUGACCUCUGAGGAGACUUUUAUCUCAAUAAGGCAAAAAUUUGCCACCCUGCCCAUGAAUGGAUUAAACGUUACUCUUCCGACCAGUUAAGAGAGUGGUCGCAAACAGAGGGAAAUGUUUCAAACUGACAAAUUCAUUUCAGCUUUUGAAAAAUCACAUUCAUAGUGUUUAAUAAAAAAAAAAAGUUGAACUGUUGUGGAGGUGUAUUUAGAUAAAAGACAAAUUUGGAAUGGCUGGUUCUUGUUCAUUUUUCCAUGUGUAUUUUUUGUUCAUUUUAUUUAUUUCAUGAUUAUUCUUAAUUUAUUAUUCAUUAUCAUGUUUAUUGUAUUCAAUAUUCAAUACGAACAAUUUUCAAAACAAACUACUCCCGCGACCCUUGAGAGGAUAAGCGGCUUAGAAGAUGAUGGAUGGAAGGAUGGAUGGCUCGAUCCAGUUCUUCCAAGAGAGCACACACUAUAGCCUCUAGUGAGCCAUAUAACAAUACUUGUCUCACCCAAAUGAGGUCUUUUGCUCCAGAUGCUUAUAUUUGGUGCUUUGUGUUGUUCAUGUUUAAUGGAUUCAGGGUUAAGUGACUUUAUUAGGAGAUCAAUUUCUUCUGCUACUUUAAGAUCAAGAAUCUCAAUUGCGUUGAGAAAGAACGCUCUCCAAGACAAGUAGUUGCAGUGGUUUGUCAUCAAACUUGCCAAGCUCCGAUGUUAGUAACCGGCCCUUCACGAAAUUCCUGCAAGCUCAUUCCUGUCACCAAAACUAUUUUGAAAUGGAUGGUUGUACUGAGAAUAUAGCCCAAUGCUAAAGGUGACUCUUGUACUGCAAGUAAUUUACGUUCACUGCCUGUGACUGUUCUCUGUCAGGUAAAACAUAUUUGGGUUUAAUACUCCUGUCUUCUGGCCGGUUUGGGGGGCUGAAUCGUCCUUUUGUACUCUGAGCAAAGCUCUUUGUGCCAUUUGAAGCUUUUUGGGUCAGAUUGAAUGUAUGCUUCUGGAAGGAUUCCUGAACCUUGACCAUCAGCUUUGUCCAAACUUGCAAUAACUGACUCCAUAACUGCUGCUGCAGCUUCAGCUUCACCCUCCUUAGCUAACACCAAGAUCUACUUCUAAUUUGGCCUUUUCCAAUUUAAUCUCAAUUUUUCUGUUUGCAAAUUCAGCUCUUUUUAAAGCUCCUUCUGCUUUGGCUC